AUGCUGGAGAAGGCGGCAGGAAGCGGGUGCGCCCAGGGCCUGGGUCCGACACGACCGGCCGUGACCUCCACCCUGCUGGCCGCGCUCUGGUUGCAGCUGUACUGGCUGUUUGCAGAGCUUGGCACAGUGCGUUAUGAUUUGCAGAGCUCGGAGCUGUUUGCAGAGCUUGUCACCCCGGGGGUCACCAUUUGGAGAGCGUGGCCCUGUUUGUCAUUUGUGGAGUCUGGUUUUAUUUGCAGAGCUCAGCGACGUCAGGAGAGGCAGGUCCUGUUGCUGUUUGUGGUGUCAACCGAGGGCAUUCCUCUGGGUUCUUCUGUUUGCUGA